AACCCGACCCAAUUGUAUUCGGGUGGGCUUUCGCGGCGUGCACCGACUGCGAGUGCUUCUCUUCUCCUCCUCCUCAUCUGCCAGCCGACCCGCGGCGCGAGGUCGAAUUUCCUCCGGCGUCUCUCUCCUUCUUUCCGAUAUCUGAGACGGCGUGGCAAACUUGGAAGCAAGGAACACUGUGAGUGAGAGAGAUAGACAGGGUGACUGGGAGAGAGUCAGGAGAACCAAAAACAAAGGAGACCAGCUUCUUUGUUUUACCCUGCUUCCUCCUCCUCAUGAGAGAAGUAGCCAUGGAGAUGGAGGUUCGUGGUGUGGAUUUGGAGCGUGAAGGCGGUCGGUUGAGCUCGGUAGGUGAUGAUAGCAAUGCAGUGAUAUUGCCAGGGAAGAAAAGGAAAAAUGCUAAAGGAAAGAGUCAGGAUCCUCGGAAUGCAAAGAAGAAGAUUAAAUCCCCCGUCAUGAGCAAAUCUCGGAAAAGAAAGCUCAAGAAGCCGGAGGAGGAGAAGCGAAACAAGCUGCUGCUGUCUCAAAGUCUUGAAACCUUGGAGAAGUACAAGAUACCAGAGACUGCCUACUCAAUUUUGCAAUCAACACGGAACAUUGGGCGGGCUGAAACUAAAUGUGAGAAACGAAGCAAGGUUGUGCAGUUUUCUAAGGCCGGUCUAAGAGCUCCGUAUGAUCAAGAUUUUGGCAGUAGGGAUGAAGAUGAUGAAGCUAAUUCAACAUCCGAAACAGUAUGCAACAAUGUUCAUGGAAGAGACAGGCAGGAUCGUGGAGAGAAGAAGGGCCAAAUUAUGACAGCUCAAGUUCCAGUCUUGCCUGUUACACAUAUUGUCCACAGCAUCACAUCUGCACCUGCUGAUACAUCAAAUCCCUCACCAAUGCUUCAUACUCCUGAUGUGAGAGACAGCGAUGGAGCAAGGGGUAGGGUAGAUGAGAGACCAAAAGCAGUUGACAAGGAAAGCAGUCCACCAAACUCUUCUGGUUGUGGAACCUUUUCUGCUCCAACUGUGGUCCAUGUAUUGAGACCAAAGGGUGUGGAAGACACGAGGAAGGAUCUUCCAAUUGUCAUGAUGGAGCAGGAGAUAAUGGAAGCUAUUAAUUACCACUCGACAGUUAUAAUUUGCGGGGAAACUGGGUGUGGUAAAACAACGCAGGUUCCUCAGUUCUUGUAUGAAGCGGGCUUUGGUUCGAAUUGCUCCACUGCUCGAACUGGUAUUGUUGGCGUGACUCAGCCCCGUCGUGUUGCUGUCCUUGCAACGGCAAAACGUGUUGCCUAUGAACUUGGUCUCCGCCUCGGUAAGGAGGUUGGUUUUCAGGUUCGGUAUGACAAGAAGAUCGGGGACCACAGCUCCAUCAAGUUUAUGACUGAUGGAAUUCUGCUGCGAGAAGUUCAGAAUGACUUUUUGUUGAGGCGUUACUCUGUCAUUAUUCUGGAUGAGGCUCAUGAAAGAAGCUUGAAUACGGACAUACUCAUUGGAAUGCUAUCAAGAGUAAUUAAACUCCGCCAGGACCUGUUUGAGAAGCAACAGAAGAUGUUGUUAUUAGGACAGAAUGUGAGCCCUGAAAGUAAGAUUUAUCCACUGAAACUUGUGCUGAUGAGUGCUACCUUGCGCGUAGAAGACUUCAGCUCUGGGAAAAGAUUGUUUCGUUAUCCUCCUCCAGUAAUUGAAGUUCCUACCAGACAAUACCCAGUUACCAUACACUUCUCAAAGAGAACAGAGAUUGUAGAUUAUAUUGGACAAGCUUACAAGAAGGUCAUUUCAAUUCACAAGAGACUUCCACCAGGGGGAGUGCUGGUCUUUGUAACUGGGCAAAGGGAAGUGGAGUACCUAUGCCAGAAGCUUCGUAAAGCUUCUAGGGAGCUGGUUAUGAGAAGCAACCAUAGAAAUGCAGAAAAUGAGUCGGAUGCAGUCCCUGAAAUGAACUUGGUGGAGGGAAUCGAUAUGAAUGAAAUUGAUGAAGCAUAUCAAAUUGGUGAUAACCACCAGCAAACCGAUAGGUUCAGCUCUUACGAUGACGAUCAAUAUGAUAUCAGGGAAGAUGAAUCUGAUGUUCCGAAUGACUCAGAAUCCGAGAGUGAUUUUGAGACCGUGGAUGCUAAUGGUGUUUCAGGGGAUGAUAAGACUUCAGCAGAUGGCAAUCUUUCGGGAGUUCUAAACAAUGAGGGAACCCUUUCUUCUUUGAAAGCUGCUUUUGACGCUUUAGCUGGGAAAGUUUCAGCUAGUUCCAAUUCCAACACAGCAAAUAAGACAGAUCCUGUCGCUCUUCAGGAAGUCCCAGAUGCGGUCAAUCCUAACAUAUUGGAGGAGAAAGGAGGCAAAAACGGUGCCAGCAAUGGUCCAAUGCGGGUCUUACCCCUUUAUGCUAUGCUUCCAACGGCAGCUCAGCUUCAUGUAUUCCAGGAGGUCAAUGAAGGAGAGAGACUUGUGAUUGUUGCCACCAAUGUGGCUGAAACGUCUUUAACUAUCCCGGGAAUAAAGUAUGUGGUGGAUACUGGAAGGGAGAAGGUGAAGAAUUACAACUCUUCCAAUGGGAUGGAAACCUAUGAGAUAAAGUGGAUCAGUAAAGCUUCUGCUGCCCAACGGGCAGGAAGAGCUGGAAGAACUGGGCCAGGCCACUGUUACCGUCUCUACUCUUCUGCAGUCUUUCAUAACAUAUUUCCAGAUUUCGCAUUGGCAGAAAUAUCAAAGAUACCUGUCGACGGCGUUGUCCUCCUAAUGAAAUCAAUGGGUAUUGAUAAGGUAGCGAAUUUCCCAUUUCCAACGACUCCCGAGAAGACUUCACUGCUUGAAGCAGAACAGUGCUUGAAGGUUCUCGAAGCUCUUGAUAGCAAUGGGAAGUUAACAACCUUAGGGAAAGCCAUGGCCCACUACCCAAUGAGUCCUCGCCAUUCUCGAAUGCUCCUUACUGUUAUUCAGAUAAUGAGGACGGUAGGCAGUUAUACUCGAGCGAACCUUGUCCUAGGAUUUGCAGUCGCUGCAGCAGCAGCUUUAAGCUUGCCCAAUCCGUUUCUAAGGCCGAUUGAAAAUUCUCAGACUCAAGGAGAUGGAUUGGAAAAGCAGGAGGGAUCUGCACUGAUUGAUGGGGAAAAGGAAAAGGCCAUGGACAAGGAGGAAAAAAUGAGGAGGAAGAAGCUAAAAGAAACUGCUAAAUUGUCUCGUGCAAAAUUUCAUAACCCCACCAGUGAUGCUCUUACAAUAGCUUACGCACUCCAAUGCUUCGAGCUCUCAAGAGGUCAAGCGGAUUUCUGCAAUGAGAAUGCUCUUCACCUUAAAACCAUGGAAGAGAUGUCGAAACUGAGGAAACAGUUGCUCCAACUUGUGUUUUCUCAGAGAGGCUCGGAAGGAGAGGAAUUUUCGUGGACCCAUGGAACUGCAGAAGACGUAGAGCUUGCUUGGAGGGUCUCGUUCGAUAGGCAUCCGCUGCUGCUGAAUGAAGAGGGGGUACUGGGGCGAGCUAUUUGUGCUGGUUGGGCUGAUCGGGUUGCAAAGCGAACCCGAGGGAUCUCAGUGUCUUCGGAAGGAGAUAGCAGAGCCUGUGCAACGAGGUACCAGGCAUGCAUGGUUAAAGAAACAGUCUUCCUCCAUCGCUGGUCGUCUCUCUCGAGCUCGGCUCCUGAGUUCUUGGUCUAUAGCGAACUCCUACAAACAAAGCGGCCUUAUAUGCAUGGAGCGACUAGUGUGAAGUCUGAUUGGCUCAUUAAAUAUGCUGGUUCUUUAUGCAGCUUUUCUGCUCCUCUUACGGACCCGAAACCUUUCUAUGAUUCUCGGACAGACCGAGUACUCUCUUGGGUAAAACCUGCCUUUGGACCCCUCCUGUGGGAGCUGCCAUUGCAUAGUUUGCCCAUCAGUGAUGAGACCCAUCGAGUGGCUGUAUUUGCCUAUGCUUUGCUCGAAGGUCAGGUGCUUCCGUGCCUUAAAUCCGCUCGGAAGUUCAUUGCGGCCCCUCCGGCUACAAUCCUGAGGCCGGAGGGAUCGAGUCAAAAACGGGUGGGGAACCUUCUCUUUAAGUUGAAGGCUCAUAGAAUUGACUGCUGUGCGAGGUUAAGAGAUGCAUGGGAGGAGAACCCAAUGGAACUGCACUCGGAGGUUCAGGACUGGUUUCAGGAAGGUUUCCAGGAUCAGUUUGAAGAGCUGUGGUCACACAUGCUGAUGGAAGCCCAAUUAGAGAGCGAAGAACGAUUCCCGAAAAGAGAAAAGCGAGACAAGAAGAGGCUGCGUCGGUAGGAAUGAAUGCCUUUCCACUCCAGCUCUGGAGUCUACAGCACCAGAUUGAAUCCGUGCUUUGGACGAUCUGAGGUCUCUUUUGCAAGUUAUGUGACAUAAAGGGAAGUGAAAUCGUGGACUCGGGCUUGGAUUAUUCUCCUUGCAGGCAUACACUGGUGGAGGUUCAGGUGAAAGAAUGGAACAGCCUUUGGCUUGAGCCAUAAGGGAUGGCAAUCACAGGAGGUGGAGACCAGUCUGUGCGAGAAACCAAAGAUUUUCCUCUUCGAAACACACCGAAUUCCACGCCUGCUCCAGAAAAAUUUUCGGUGCUGAAGUAGUAUAUGUACAAAAAGGAGUCCAUAAUCCUGUUCUUCAUUGCGAUUAUAGAUCGUUGGAGGGUUCUCUAGGCAUACAUGAAUUCAUCAUGUACUGAUAAAUUUUGCUGUAAUAUUUUUUGGCUAUUUACUGAUAUCUGAGGAAUGACAAAGGGAAAAAAAGAAGUUCCCAGUUUUAGAUGCCA